CUCUUCAGAUAUCUCUCUAUUUAAAGUUCAGAGGCACAGGAUAACAAUAAGGAAGAAAGACAUAGCCCAGACUAAGCCACUCAACAAUAGAAAUAAUGGCUGAAAAAGAGUCAACAUCACCACAGCUCAUGGUUCCCAUUCUUCUCCUGGUUGGAUGGAUUGUAGGCUGCAUCAUAGUGGUUUACAUUGUCUUCUCCUAGAAAAACAAGAAGACUUCAGGCUGAUACCAUUUAGAAGAACUAAAGAAAACAUGGACAUGGCUGAUCAUUAAAGGUGUCUCAUGUAAAUAGC